UUCCCCGAGGGAAGUUCCCAACUCAAACUAGGCUAUGUAAAACAUACAUUGCCAUAUCCUCUCCGGCGCUUCGUAACUUUGCAUCUGAAGAUUAGGCGACGACUCUGCGGUGGUGUCAACACAAUAAAUUCGACUUUAGCAGCUACAUGAAUGAAGGUAAGAGGACGCUCACUGUGGAGUCGCUGCUCCUUCGCUUUAUCCGCCACCGGUUGAAUGAGCUACAGCUAACCGGUCACUUACUGUUUAAAAUACGGAACUGUGUGGACUAGGGUUUGCAUGACACUUAAAAGUGCUUCCCUCCUGUGCCUCGGUAGGCUCCAACGUUAGUGUUAAUGUAGGGUACUUCCUCUAGAAGCCGUUGGUCUGACAGCUACUCUGUCCUUUUAUAAUGAGGAUUGCUUAAUAAUUGAAGAGCAGAUCUGGGUGACGGUGACAUCGGACUCUUCUUUUUUUUUCAUCAUCUCAAAACGUCCCUGAAAACUAUUACCACAGGCUCAUGUCUGCUGUGUCAGGGAUGAUUGUGGAGCACACGGCAUGGAAAGGAACAUUGGAGACCAGCUCAAUAAAGCUUAUGAUGCUUAUCGCCAGGUCUCCAUUGAAAAGGACAAUGCUAAAAGGGAACUGCAACAAAUGAGUGAGUAUUAUGAGAGUUACACUCAAAAACUUCAAAAGCAGAUAGAGGACCAGCAGCAGUUGAUUUCCAAACUUGAAGCUAAGUUAUCUUCAACAAGGCAACCACCAGAGAUGAAAUGUGAGCCUAUCUACCAUCUCCUCGAUGGGGCCAGCGCUUAUAACAAAAUGCAGUACCCGGACAACAUGGGCACUGUUGCUCCUAUUAUGCCAGUCAACAGCAGCGUUGACUAUCAGGACAUGUUGGAAGCAUUUGAAGCAAUUCAAGGGAAAUUCCGGCAGAUUCGCUCUCUUACCAGAAGACAAAAAGAUCACCUAAAAAGAUUCCAUGCAGGAAAUGAUGCAUCAAACGGUAAUGAUCAGCGGUUUUCCAUGCCCAUCCAGUGCACAGACCGUACAGCAGAGGCACAGAGACCCUUCUCCGCAGUACUCAGGUCAGCGGUGGAUAUUCCACUCCCGCCUACGUCUCUGGCGUCCCGCGGCACCAGCCCCGAGGACAGGGACUUAGUAGACUCUCUCACCAAACUCAGUGUCAAAUUCCCGCCCUCUGCGGACAGUGAAUAUGACUUCCUGAACAGUGCACCAGAGAGACACAUCGGUCCGACCAUGCCCACCAAGCGGCCUCUCAGUACUGUUCCCUCCACGUUGUCAGAAGAGGAGCCCGUGGAACUGCCCAUGCCUUUUGUCUACCCCCCAUCCCCCUCCCACUCAACAUCAUCUUCGCUCUCCCAGGAGAGCGUGCGGGGACCCCAGCAGCCCCUCUGGAGCCCUGAGCUGUGUGAUGCAGCUGAUGUGGGGACAGAGCUGGAGACGCCUCCGAGCAGCAGUCCUGAUAAAUGUGCUUUCUGCCACGCUGUGGUGCCUCAGGAGCGAAUGAACAGCCACCUCUACUCACAUUUCUCUCCUAAAAACGAAGCCGACAAUUGACAGUGGAAGCAGAGACUGGCAAAGCCCCGGCUACUCUGAGACUUGUUGUUCUCAUGGUGUAGUCCUACCCGCCAUGAACAACAUGCGCUGUACUGGAUUUGAAAUGACACUGCAAUAGGACUUGACUCCAUUUAUUUAAUAUAGAAGAAUUGAAUGGUACACUUUCUUGCCCAUUAUAUUUUUCUAAUAUCACGCUGAGAUUUUACUCUAGUACUAAGUGACAAUGAUGCAUAAUAUGGUAUAUAUGAGCAAAUAAAGCCGACAUUUACUCUUUACAUUUUAUAUCAUUUGAUUGGUUUUCAAGAUGUAAAUAUAAAUGGGGUGCUCAUAAGUGUAUCCAUACAUUAAGCGUUAAAAUGGACAAGAUUUGCAUUCUUUCUGCAAGAUGUUUAUAAAUUAUUAUGCCAAAACCUAAUUUGCAUUAUUAAUAUGUAGUUACUUUUUAAAGAAAUGAUUUGCUUUGUAAAUUUGCAAUAUUUUUUGUUGAAUUAAGACACCUUUACCUCUUUU